AUGGCGAAGGUAACGGUAGCGUUUCUAGUUUCGCUGGUAGCCUAUCUUGCCUACUACGCUCUGGUCAGUGAGGCACAGCCGAUUGGAUCCCUCGUGCUAACAUCGUCCGGUUCUGGACACUCUCCAGCCGGCUCCUCAACCGCCGACGAUGGUAGUGAUAGCGUUCGAUUAGAAAAAGUGCAGCAUGCAUGGCUUAAGGAUAACAAUGCUUACCGUGCCCGAACCAAAAACAGACAGUACGACCGAAAACAUUUGGGAACUAGCGCCUUUCAAGCCUACCGACGAACGGCACCAUUUCCUGUACUGACGUUGAAGGACCAGGCGGCCAGUACGUCGGAACUAUUAUCUUCUGAGCCAGUGGAUCUUGGAAAGGCUGACCAGCUACGAUUUAACUUCGCAGGAUAUCUUCCCGACGGUGGGACACUGCUGGACGAAGAUGACGAGGAUGAUGAGGUCGGUGGUUUGGUGAAACGAUUCGACGACUACGGCCAUAUGCGGUUCGGGAAACGAGGUGGUGAAGGUGAUCAGUUUGAUGAUUACGGGCACAUGCGGUUCGGACGCUAA